GUCUGUGUGAUGUGAUGGAAAGCUGGGGAAACAUGGCGGAGAGCUGUGCGUGGCUGUUAGUGCUGAGCACUGUGUUUUUGUGCAAUCUCUUUAAAAUCCUGCUUCCUUCUUUUUCCUCAAUACUAUCACGCUUCCUGCAGAAAGAUGCAGAGCAGGAAUACCAGAUGAGAUCUGAAAUUCAGACUAUGAGACAAGAACUCUCUGCUAUCAGUAUGAUGGACGAGUUUGCCAAAUAUGCCAGAUUGGAAAGAAAAAUCAACAAAAUGACCGACAAACUAAAAACCCACGUAAAAGCCAGAAGUGCACAGCUAGCAAAAAUCAAGUGGGUUGUUAGCAUUGUAUUCUAUGUAAUACAGGCAGCCUUGAUGAUCUCCCUCAUAUGGAAAUAUUACUCUGAGCCAGUGACCGUGUUACCCAGUAAAUGGAUUGCCCCGUUGGAACGUCUCGUAGCGUUUCCUACUGGUAUUGCAGGUGGAGUGGGAAUAACGUGUUGGCUGGUAGUUUGCAACAAAGUGGUGGCUAUAAUGCUGUAUCCCAUCAGCUAGGACGAGUGACCGACUGCUAACAAGGCAUUCCAUAGUGCUGCUAUCUGAAUACACCUGUAUGCAUGUGGACCCAAGCAUGACACUGCAAGCAGCUUCUUUACCCAUUGCUUGCAGGGUUUCAGAACAUUAGGAACUAUUUAAAUAUAAUUUAAUUGUAUUAAAACACAAAACAAAACACAAGGCAUGAUGUACUCUGUUUCUGUACUAUUUUUUUGUUCUUGAAAAUCAGUAAUAUUGCUUUAUAUUCAUGUUUUUUUUGUGAAUGGUAAAUAAAUUGGUGCAUGG